AGUUAACUAUGUAGGAAGUAAGUAUAUAUUUAAAAAUGGUUUAUGUAGUCUAGCAAAAAAUUAGCUUGCUGCGUGCUAGUUAGUUUAGAAUUUCACCAGGGCCUGUCAGCUGCAUAUGACGAUUAAAACAAAGAUCAGUGUGCAAGACCUUACACGUCCACUUCCGGGAGUUGUAGCGGGUGUUUAGAAUGUCGCUUUUGCGGCAUGUCAGCCCUUCAGUCGAGCAUGUUACGCUCACAGCGUGCAGUGGACCUUGCUACCGAGUAUUGCAAGGAGGAGGAAGCCAAGAUUAACGCGAGCAUCCGGCGCUGUCGGGAGAUACUGCGCUGUCUGAGAAGCCCGCAGAGGAUUUCUGCCGAAGAAGACGCGCUGGCCGCUGGAGUAAAGGAAGACCCCGCCGUACCCCCGGAGGAACUGGAGGAGGUUCGGCUGCUGGAGGGGGCGCUGGCCAGAGCACUGCGCAUCCGUGGUGCUUUGGGGGGCUCUAAGUGCACAGCAACUGCCGAUCCAGAGGGCAGAGACGGGAAUCAAACAACUACCACUAACCACAUGAUCGGCUCACUGGCCCCUAAAUCCACCUCCAAGCCCUUAGCCAAUUACAGGGAAGCACAGAAGGCUCCAGUUUCUCGGCUCAGAGGGGGGCACUCGGGCGGCUGUGCCGCAGCAGGGGGGAGGCCUCCAGCCAGGCCUGGUCCCGCCGCCCAGACCCGAGUGAGAACGGCGCACAGCUUGAGAAAAGUCAAGCACCCCCCCACAGCGUCCGGCUUGGGAUGUCAGCGCCGUGCGGAGCCGGUCUCCCGGCCACCGGAAGAGAAGGGCACAGCCGUGACCUCCGGACAGCGCCGUGGCGGGGGCUGUGUGCCUGAGAGAGAGCAGACGGGAGCGGGAGGCGUGGCUGCAGGAGAUGCUGACUCUCGGGCUGCUGACGAUGGGGCGCCGUCCGAGUUCCUCUCUGCCUGGAGAACGCAGAGCGCCAAACAGGACAGGUUGUGGGACAAGAUUUUGACCAAAGUAUCUCACCCUUUGACUGAGAGAACCGAAUUUAUAGAAAGACUGCGGGGGACGUUCCCCGCUUGCUGGCCCCGCGGCGGCCCCACGGACUCCCAGGCGGAGGUGGGCCAGCUCAUUCUGCAGUGCAGGGCUCUGACUCACUGCUACCAGACCGAACUGCACACUGCCAGGCCGGGCGGUCCGCCAGAUGGCGGCGGUGAGACGAGCUAUGAGUCCCAGCUGAUGCUGCAAGGCCUUGGGAAAAUGGCGGGCGACCUUCUGCUCAGAGCGGAGCAGCUGAAGAGUGACACUGACAUUUGGGAGCACCUGUGGAGCCGGGACCCAGCUGGACGUCCCCUCAAGUCACGCUGGCCCUGGGAGGCCCCGCCCACCCCCCUCUCCUACAGCAGCCAGGCGGAGCUGGGGACCCUGGAAGGCCUGAGGCUGAGAGUGGCACUGCUGCAGCAGGACGUUCAUCUGCAGCUGGUCCUGAGCGACGCCCUGGGCUCCCGCUUGUCUCCCCCGCUGUCCCGUGAGGGACGCCCUACCCCCAGCGUGCUGCGGGGCCUCUACUCCCUGCUGGCUGAGGGGGGCCUCCGCUUCCCCGCCCUAGUCCUGGACACGGAGCCGGAUUAGGACACGCGGCAGGACAGGUGUGAGGCCCGGGACCAUGCGUGGGCAGGAAGGAGCAUCUGACAGCCCUCGAUCGGAAGCGAGAGCGACUGCCAAACACUCACUGUGGCAUCUGCAGAGCUGCGUCUGGAUGUCGCUAACGGCACUGCCUGCUGGUGUUUGUGUGUGUGUGUGUGUGUGUGUGUGUGUGUGUGUGUGUUUCUAUGUGUGUGUUUGAUGAAUUCCAGCAGUCUUUGUUUUCUGUGCAGAAUCCGCCAGCUCUUUCAGUUUGAUUUAUUUUUUGUGUGAAUUUCCAUGUCAGAUUCAUAAUAUUAAAGUACGUCACAAUGA